AUCAUUCCGGAUUUUGCCCCUAGGGCUCGGUUAUCACUUCUUCCAUCAAACUUUAGCUAGUUUCGAUCCUUCUUCUCUCAACAGUUGAAGUUGAAGCAAUUGUAAGAAUGGACGCGACUUUGCUCAACGGAUUAGACUCGCCUCACUCGAUGGGGACCACCAUUAUCGGCGUCACCUACAACGGUGGUGUCGUCCUCGGUGCCGAUUCUCGUACCAGCACAGGAAUGUAUGUGGCGAAUAGGGCAUCAGAUAAGAUCACUAAGCUCACCGACAAUGUCUACGUUUGUCGCUCGGGUUCGGCUGCAGAUUCGCAAAUUGUUUCAGACUAUGUUCGUUACUUUCUCCACCAACACACGAUACAACUUGGGCAGCCUGCAACUGUCAAGGUUGCUGCAAACCUGGUCAGAUUAUUAGCCUACAAUAACAAGAAUAUGCUACAAACUGGUCUUAUUGUUGGUGGGUGGGACAAACACGAAGGUGGCAAAAUAUAUGGGGUGCCCCUUGGAGGCACAGUAUUGGAGCAGCCUUUUGCAAUUGGAGGAUCUGGUUCUUCCUAUUUGUAUGGCUUCUUUGAUCAAGCAUGGAAGGAAGGAAUGACCCGUGAAGAGGCUGAGAAAUUGGUGGUCAAGGCCGUGUCUCUUGCCAUUGCUCGGGAUGGUGCUAGUGGUGGAGUUGUUCGGACUGUAACUAUAAACUCAGAAGGCGUUGAAAGGAAAUUCUAUCCUGGUGACACACUUCCUCUAUGGCAUGAAGAGAUGGAGGCACAUAAUUCUCUCCUCGAUAUUUUGCCUUCAACCAGUCCUGAGCCAAUGGUUAGUUGAACCAACGCAGGGCAUCUCUCGCUAAGGCACACCGGACGCUUUCCUCACUCUAUGUUGCCGUAGCCUUGCCGCCCUUAACUUUAUUUCCUUUUGGGAUCAAUAGCUGUCCAAACUGAUAUUUGUAUUCAUGUUUCCUACUUCAAAAAUCAAAACCACCAGUUUCUGAAUGUAACUCUAUUUUCACUUUGUGGAUUUUAUAAGUUGAGUUUUAACAUUUGAUUAAAUGAGUACUAUUUAGCUCCGGUAU